GUCAAGACGCCCGCACUGUUAAAGAACAUACGAUUUCAAUAUCUUUUCAUGUGCAAGUUCCAUGAAAUAGCUCUGAGAGGCCUGGCAACACUGUUUUAUACGUAUUAAAUGUUGUACGGCCGUGUCUCUCGGCAUAAGGUUGAAAGUUAUAGUGACAACAAUUUAAAAUUUUGAUUAGUCCGGUUUUAUUUGAGAUGAUUAAAGCAAUGUUUCCGACAUUUCAUAAAGCAUCAACUAGUCGAGAACAGCUGAAGAAGUUGAGAGAACAAAAGGCAGCCUACGAGAAUCGAUCUGCAGCGACUGGGGAAGAACCCGACCUGAAACCUGCGGAAGAUGAGCAGAGUGAGAGCAGGAUGUUUGCCGCUGUGGAUGAACGAAUGGAAAAACAGGAAGAACAAAUGGAGGAGAUAGAACUACCAGCUGUAAUCCAUGCGAAAUCGCCCUCACCCUUGCCAGAGGAUAUAGGAAACCCUGUAGGAUGCGUGAAAAGGACACUAGGAAUCAUAGACUCCUUGUCGUGAUACCAAUUCUGUGCUGUUUAUAAGAUCACGUGAACACUAUUCUCAAUGACCAUUAGUGGCAGUCAAAACCGCGUUUUCAUUUUUAAAAGUCUGCAUAUUUUAGCUCACCUGAGCUGAAAGCUCAAGUGAUCUUUUCUGAUCGCCUUUUGUCCAUCUGUCUGUUUCGACUUCUUCUCCAGAACCACUGGGCCAAUUUCAACCAAAUUUGUCAAAAAGCAUCCUUGGGUGAAGGGCUUUCAAGUUUAUUCAAAUGAAGGGCCAUGCCCCUUCAAAGGGGAGAUAAUCACAAAAAUAGGGUGGAGUCAUUUAAAUUUUUUCUCAAGAACCACCGGGCCAGAAGAGCUGACAUUUACAUGAAAGCUUCCUGACAUAGUGGAGAUUCAAGUUGGUUAAAAUCAUGACUCCUGGAGGUAGGUAGGGGCCACAAUAGGGGAUCAAAGGUUUUCGUUCAAAUAUAUAGAGAAUUUUUUUUUAAUAUCUUCUUCUCAAGAACCACUGGGCCACAAGAGCUACUUGAAAGGUCCCUGACAUAGUGCGGAUUCAAGUUUGCUAAAAUUAUGACCCACCGGGGUAGGAUGGGGCCACAACAGGAGAUCAAAGUUUUACAUACAAAUAUAUAGGAAAAAUCUUUUAAAAUCUUCUUCUGAAGAACCACUGGGCUAUGAAAGUACAAAUUUACAUGGAAGCUCCCUGACAUAGUGCAGAUUCGAGUUUGUUAAAAUCAUGGCCCCCGUGGGUAGGAUGGGGCCACAAUAGGGGAUCAAAGUUUUACAUACAAAUACAUAGGGAAAAUCAUUAAAAAUCUUCUGAAGAAUCACUGGGUCUGAAAAGUUUACAUUUAAAUGAAAGCUUCCUGGUAUAGUGCAGAUUCAAGUUUGCUCAAAUCAUGCCCCCGGGAGUAGGGUGGGACCACAAUAGCGGAUCAAAGUUUUACAUGCAAAUAUAUAGAGAAAAUCUUUAAAAAUCUUCUUCUCAAGAACCAAUGGGCCAUAGAUGUUUGCAUUUACAUGAAAGCUUCCUGACAUAGUGCAGAUUCAAGUUUGUAAAAAUCAUGGCCCCUGGGGUAGGUUGGGGCCACAAUAGGGACUAAAGUUUUCCAUGCGAACAUGUAGGAAAAAUCUUUAAAUAUGGGCCAAGGUGACUCGAGUGAGCGAUGUGGCCCAUGGGCCUCUUCUUUAUCUGUCUAUCCUGCCUACAAAGAUUCGAUGGUCCAAUUUUUUUUUUUUUUUUUUGGUACUGCGUCAUCCCAGGACACUUUAGCAAACUUCCACAUUAAAUGUGAGAAGGGAAAUUAGAUUUUUUUUUUUUUUUUUGUCGCUGAAUACCUCGCUCUGCAUCCUGAAGACUUUGUGUACGGAUGGACUGCUGACACGAUGCAGCACAUAACAGGAGGUUGAUGUAUAGCAUAAAUUGAUACAAUUGUGUAUAACAUAACUUUUCUUCAUUUUAUUUACAUUCAAUAUGAUUAUUUCUUGAGUUAAUUAUUGCACUGUUUGCAAAAUAUUAACCGAAAUUAAUCUUUUCCCAUCCAUGCACCCAAUUUUAUUUUUUAAUUCACUUUUACAUACACACAGUAAAUACAAAUGACAACUGCCGGAGAGAAAGUUUCAUCGAUCCGCCCAGUUCAUACAGACUCGGAUAUCGAUCAACAACCGCCCUACUUCACAAUCGGACUCGGACAAGAACCGCCCUAUUUCACAUUCGGACAUCGAUCAAGAACCGCCCUACUUCACAAACGGACUCGGACAAGAACCGCUCUACUCUCGGACAAGAACUGCCCUACUCUCGGACAAGAACCACCCUACUUCACAUUCGUACAAGAAUCCCCCUAUUCAUGUGAAGAAUGUAUUUUGUGUUGUACUUUUUAGUAAAUUACUCUGGAUAAAAGA